CUUCUCCUUCCCAUUUCCUUCCUCUUCGCACCUCUCUCUCUCUCUCUCUCUCUCUUGUUCAUCAAGAGCCAAAGCCCAUGGCUCAGUCUCUCGGCCUCACUCAACCCAAACCCACUGACCAUCCCAAGAUCUCAUUCACGGCAAAGGAGAUCGACGUAACCGAGUGGAAAGGAGACUUACUUGUUGUCGGGGCAACAGAGAAAGACUUGACGAAAGACCAAAACUCAAAGUUCGAGAACCCGAUCUUGAACAAGCUCGAUGCUCACUUGAGUGGACUCUUGGCUUUAGUCUUGUCGGAAGAGGACUUCACCGGUAAACCGGGUCAGUCAACGGUUCUUAGACUUCCCGGUUUAGGGUCGAAACGAAUCGGUUUGAUCGGUCUAGGAAAGUCCGCUUCAUCUCCCGCGGCUUUUCAGGGUCUUGGUGAAGGUAUUGCUACGGUUGCGAAAGCUUCUCAGUCUAGCAGCGUUGCUGUUGUUCUUGCCUCUCAUGAUGAAAAUGAAUCCAAGCUUAGCUCUGCUUCUGCUUUAGCUUCAGGCAUAGUGCUUGGAUUGUUCGAAGAUGGUAGGUAUAAAUCUGAGUCUAAGAAACCAUCUUUGAGCUCUGUUGAUAUCAUUGGGUUUGGAACUGGACCUGAGCUAGAGAAGAAGCUCAAGUAUGCUGAAGAUGUAUCUUACGGUGUGAUUUUCGGGAGAGAACUCAUUAACUCUCCUGCCAAUGUGCUUACUCCUGCUGUCCUAGCUGAGGAAGCGGCAAAAGUGGCUUCUACUUACAGUGAUGUAUUCACUGCAAACAUUUUGAACGAGGAGCAAUGCAGAGAGUUGAAGAUGGGCUCUUAUCUAGCUGUUGCGGCUGCUUCGGCUAAUCCUCCUUUCUUCAUUCACCUUGUGUAUAAACCUCCCAGUGGCUCUGUUAAGACCAAACUUGCUCUUGUUGGGAAAGGAUUGACAUUUGACAGUGGUGGCUACAACAUUAAGGCUGGACCUGGCUCCUCCAUUGAGCUCAUGAAAUUCGACAUGGGUGGUUCAGCUGCUGUUCUUGGCGCUGCGAAAGCCAUUGGUGAGAUUAAGCCUCUUGGUGUUGAGGUUCAUUUCAUCGUUGCAGCCUGUGAGAAUAUGAUUAGUGGAACGGGAAUGAGACCUGGUGAUGUCAUCACAGCCUCAAACGGAAAGACCAUUGAGGUCAACAACACAGACGCUGAAGGUCGUCUAACACUUGCUGAUGCUCUAGUGUAUGCUUGUAACCAGGGCGUUGACAAGAUUGUUGACCUGGCUACAUUGACCGGGGCAUGCGUUAUUGCUCUUGGAACAUCAGUGGCAGGUAUCUACACACCUAACGAUGAACUUGCCACGGAAGUGAUUGCUGCAUCAGAGAAGAGUGGAGAAAAGCUGUGGAGGAUGCCAUUAGAGGAGAGCUAUUGGGAGAUGAUGAAGUCCGGAUGUGCUGAUAUGGUCAACACAGGCGGGCGUGCAGGAGGCUCCAUCACCGCAGCUCUCUUCUUGAAACAGUUUGUGAGCGAGAAGGUGCAAUGGAUGCAUAUAGACAUGGCUGGACCGGUGUGGAACGACAAGAAAAAGUCUGGUACUGGGUUUGGUGUUGCGACGCUUGUCGAAUGGGUGCAGACGAAUUCGUCAGCAUAGAUGAAAUAUCCCUGGAGGAUGAGAUAAAGAGAGAGAGACCCUAAAGUUUUUCAGGUGUUGAAGUGAAUGUUGGUUUGAUAAUGUGUCAAAAGGUUAUUGUGUGUUUUUACUUGGUUCUGAACAGUAAAAUUAUCAGAUGUUGAAUAAAAAGGGUCCCUUUGCUUUGUCGUGCAAAGAUGCUGUCUGAAAUUUCUUACUUUUGAAUGUUCAACAUUUUGUUCCUGAAGAAAGUCCUGAUUAUUGUGC